GUCAGACAUAGUAUGGCUACAUGCGGAGGCUUCAUGUCAAUAAAACUACAUUUGCUUCUCGGAAAUCACGUUUCCUGUGCUAACUUCCGUAAGGGGAGUUGUUCACAUGUACACAAUAAUCGAGCGCGGGGAGUAGGAGAGGUGACAUCUCCAGAGACGUGUUAACUGUAUUGAUAUAGGUGUUGACGUCACUCCCUCCGCUGCUGAAGGGUUCUCUGAGAAGCUGCUCUGGACCCGUUUCCAUUCAACAUGACAUCAGAGAACACCCUGGACGAUGAGGACACCUUCAAGAUCCUGAUCGCCACGGAUAUUCACCUUGGUUACCUGGAGAAAGAUGCUGUCCGUGGCAACGACACGUUCAACACCUUCGACGAGAUCCUGAAGUGUGCCAAAGAGAACCAAGUCGACUUCAUCCUGUUGGGAGGUGAUCUGUUCCAUGAGAACAAGCCUUCCAGACGCUGUCUUCACUCCUGCAUCUCUCUGCUGAGGAAGUACUGCAUGGGAGACACUCCUAUCCUCUUCGAUGUCCUCAGUGACCAGGCUGUCAACUUCAGCAACAGCAAGUUCCCGUGGGUGAACUAUCAGGAUGAGAACCUGAACAUCUCCAUCCCCGUGUUCAGCGUGCACGGUAACCAUGACGAUCCUACAGGGGCGGAUGGUCUGUGUGCGUUGGAUCUCCUGAGCUCUGCCGGACUUGUCAAUCAUUUUGGCCGCAGCCAAUCAGUAGAGAGGAUAGAGAUUAGUCCCGUCCUCCUGCAGAAAGGCAGCACUAAGCUAGCCCUGUACGGCAUCGGCUCUAUUCCUGAUGAGCGCCUCUACAGGAUGUUUGUUAACAACCAGGUGACCAUGCUCCGCCCCAAAGAAGACCAGGACCAAUGGUUCAACCUCUUCACCAUCCACCAGAACAGGAGUAAGCACGGGGCCACCAACUACAUCCCAGAGCAGUUUCUGGAUGACUUCCUGGACCUGGUAGUGUGGGGUCAUGAACACGAGUGUCUGAUAAACCCCAGCAGGAACGAACAGCGGCUGUUCUACGUCACCCAGCCUGGUAGCUCUGUUGCCACGUCACUGUCCCCCGGAGAGGCCGUCAAGAAGCACAUAGGUCUGCUGAGGGUGAAGGGGCGUAAGAUGAACCUUCAGAAGAUCCCGCUGCACACGGUGCGUCAGUUUUUCAUCCAGGACCUGGUCCUCUCAGAGCACCCUGACCUCUUCAACCCUGACAUGCCCAAGGUCAACCAGAGGGUAGAGGCCUUCUGCCAGGAGAAGGUGGAAGCGAUGAUUGAGGAAGCAGAGCGAGAUCGACUGGGAAAGCCCCUUACCCCUGAGAAACCCCUCAUACGCCUCAGAGUGGACUACAGCGGUGGUUUUGAGGCCUUCAAUGCCACUCGUUUCAGUCAGAAGUUUGUAGAGCAGGUUGCGAACCCCAAAGACGUUGUUCACUUCAUCAGACAGAAGGAGUACAAGGCCAAAGUUAAAGGCGAAGCAGAUGUUGACUUUGGGCAGCUCCUGAGUCACUCCUCAACUGAGGGUCUGAGGGUGGAGGAUCUAGUUAAAGAGUACUUCCAGACAGCAGAAAAGACGGUGCAGCUCUCCCUGCUGACGGAGCAGGGCAUGGGGAAGGCGGUGCAGGAGUAUGUGGACAAGGAGGAGAAAGAUGCCAUCGAGGAACUGAUCAGAUACCAGCUGGAGAAAACCCAGAGACACCUGCAGCAGAGAGGAGUACUGACAGAGGAGGAGAUUGACCAGGAGAUUCGCCGUUUCAGAGAAUCUAAGAAAAACACUGCAGAGGAGGAUGAAGAGGUUCAGGUGGCCCUCAACAGGGCUAAAGCUCACCGCAUAGAGCGAGGCGAAGACCUGGACCAAUCAGAUGAGCAUGAUGUGUCCAUGGAUUCGGACGAGGACUCUGCCCCUCCUCCCUCCACCAGGGGCAGGGGGCGGGGUGGCAGGGGAAGGGGCCAAACCACAGCCAGGAGAGGAAGGGGUGCAGCAGAGCCGAAGCCAGCUGGGCGGGCCCGUUCUCGGAAGGCCUCAGUGGCCACCCCCCCCCAGGGCAGAAACAUCAUGGAUGCGUUCCAGGCUCCACCCCAGCGGCCAUCGAGAGGGGCGGUGGCUGCUAAAUCUUACACAGACGAGAUAACCAUUGACGAUGAUGACUCUGACGAUGUUUCCUUUGUGAAGCCUUCAUCUAGACUGACUCCUGCAUCACGCCCAACACCUGAAUCACGCCCAACACAGAGGCGGGGCUCCCAGAGUCAGAGCCAAUCAUACAGAGGAGUGACAUUUGAUGACGACGAUGAUGAGGAGGACUUUGACCCGUUUAAAGGCUCCAGUAGGAGUGGCCGGCGAUAGCUUUAACCCCGCCCCUUUGGACAAUGUUCAUGUUUCUUAUUGGCUAGUGAGCUGUGAAUGUAUGAUUAACUUACCCAUAGUACUUCACCCCACUUAUGGUCCUGACGAUUGACCCCUGGGCUGCCAAUACGCUGCCUGUUCAGAAUAGAGGAAGUGUUAGCUGGCUGUACCUGUGUCUAAACUCUUAUUUUUCAUCCUAUAGCUUGUUCUCAAUCUUCUUUUUAACUGUGAGAUAAUGUCGUAUGGUGAGGUCCCAGCGCCUAUUAGGUUUCCAUUCAUUCUAACUUCUAGCUGGAGUUUUCCAUACCAUCUGAAGACCUGCUUUGACUGUUGAUUGGCCGUUCUGAGCUCCUAAAGCGUCAUUAGUCAGUGUUGUUGAGCCCUGUUAUUGGUCAGUGUUGGACCCAUUCAGUCACCAUGGCAACCGUCCGCUUUCACCAAAUGUAUUAAAUACUUCCUGUUUCUA